ACAUCCUGGCUCUUGCGCCAUAACUUAGGUACCUAAGGUGCUUACGAUUAUGACCUAUUAUCGCGUCCCUUUUUCUUGUGCUUUGCUUUGCUCUCCGAAUUAAGCUUUGCCAAUCGCCCUUAAGCCGCUGGCGAUCUCCCUUGGAUCCCUGGGCAAAUCAUCCGGGAGGGUCUCUGCCCUUAGUCAUUUUCCGCCCAAGGGGUUAGACAGACACAUGAGAUAUUACAUACAUGUCUCGGCUUGCUCGCCGCAUAUCAUCUGGCGAAUACAGACAAAAUCAUCCUAUCGGCAAUGUCUAGAAUCAUUUCUGAGCGCUGCUGCUGAGAUCUCGACGUGGCCAAAUUUGCCCAGAGAGAUAGGGCGCGUCAUUCAAGCCGGAUUGCGGUCGUAGGCGUGCGGAUCAGAUAUCGGUAGGACGGCGCCCUAGCCGGCGGCGCAUCGAAAAUAUCGAGGAUGAUAACGCCGAUCCCGCUGCUGGUCCUAUCUAUAGUAGGCAUCGCGGCAGCAUUGGCGUUACCAGCGUCGUCGCCCCUGCAAGCCCGCCAAUCGUGGACUGUGGGAUACUGGGCGCACGAGCUGACGGACUUCGGGUGCAAGCCCAUCAUAUUCAUAUGGGCGAAAGCUACCAUCGAACCGGGGAAUAUGGGCAACACGGUUGGUCCGCGGCUGUCCGACGGGCUUAAAGCUCUCUUCGGGCCCGCCAACGUGGCCACCCAGGGCGUGGACUACUGGGGAUUCAUAGAAACGAAUUUCUACCCCGGCGGGGCGCCGCCCUGGGGAAUCUUCGACAUGCAGCUGCUUGUGAAUGCGGCGGCGACUUGUCCGGACUCGAAGAUCGUGAUCGCAGGGUACAGCCAAGGAGCAGCCCUCACGCACCGGGCGGUCGAAGGCCUCAGCCCCGCGGCGAAAGACCGGAUCGUGGGCGUGGUGACGUUCGGGGACACGCAGGCGCUGCAGGACGGGGGGCGGAUCCGGGACUUCGACACGAACCGGACGCUCAUCAUCUGCAACGCGGGCGACCUCGUGUGCACCGGCACGCUGUACGUCUUCCCCGUGCACUUCGACUACGUCAAGUGGGUGCCGACCGCGGCCUACUUCCUCGCCGGCAAGCUGCUGGCCGACGCCCUGCUGCGCCCUUGGCCCAACGGGAGCUUCGUGUUUCCCAACGUGACCGUCCCGCCUUCGCUCCCGCCUGUUCCGCCGCCGCCCCAGCCGUCGGCUGCGGUUCCGAUGUCGUUGCCGCCGCUGCCAACGCCGAAUGGGAGAGGGAGCGGGGAUACAAAUGACUAGCUUAUCUAGUGUUAUUGUUGUGGUGGAUGUGCCGUAACCUUAGGUGCCUACGUGGGUAGUUGAUGAUAUCGUACGCAAAGCCUACCAGGUUAUUGAGAUGGAGGACACUGGCUCUCGCGGUGCACUGCAACACUCUAUCCUCGACGCAUAGAACACUAGAGGCGCAUAACUGGGUAGAGUAGUCACUAGAAGAGGCGGCGAACAGGGCUUUUCGCAUGUGGUAUUUAUUAUUCAUAGCGUUUGAUGGGAUUUACCUUAAGCAUGAAGACUUAGAACCAAACCAUUACGA